AUGAGGCGGGUUUUGGUUGCGCUCUGCGUCGCGGCGCUCAUCGGUGCGGCCAGCGCCGAUGAGUACGAUCAUAAGUACCUGGUCGGCGACGCUGUCACGCUCUGGGUCAACAAGGUCGGCCCCUUCAACAACCCGCAGGAGACGUACAAUUAUCACGAGCUGCCGUUCUGCAAGGUGGAGGGCGUCGACGGCAAAAGGCCGAAGCACAAGUGGGGCGGCCUCGGGGAGAUCCUGGAGGGUAACGAGCUCAUCGAUAGCAACAUGGAGUUCAGGUUCAGGCACGAUCAGCCGAAGAAGACGAUGUGCGUCACGUCGCUGGACGCGAACGACGUCAAGAAAUUCAAGCGCGCGAUCCGGCACCACUACUGGUACGAGUUCGUGAUGGACGAUCUGCCCAUAUGGGGCUUCGUCGGGGAGCACGUCGAUGAGAGGAGCACCCUGACGGGAUCCAAGAGCGCAACGACCACCGCGGAGGCCGCGGACCUCAUGGCCGACGACGUCGUCGAGCACAGAGGCGGCACGGUGUACAUCUACACUCACAAGACCUUCGACAUCUCGUACAACGGCGACAGGAUCAUCGGCGUCAACCUCACCGCGGAGAACCCAAAGCCGUUGGUGCCCGGCACGGACCUCGAGUUCACGUACAGCGUCAACUGGAAGCCGACGGAGACGAAGUUCGGCAAGAGGUUCGAGCGGUACCUCGACUACAACUUCUUCGAGCACCAGAUCCACUGGUUCUCGAUUUUCAACUCGUUCAUGAUGGUCAUCUUCCUCACCGGCCUCGUGUCCAUGAUCCUCAUGCGGACGCUGCGCAAGGACUACGCCAAGUACUCACGGGACGACGACGACAUCGAGGCCAUGGACCAAGGUGCGUCUAUGGAAGAGAGUGGCUGGAAACUUGUCCACGGCGACGUCUUCCGCGCGCCCCGAUACCUCCCGGCGCUCUCCGCGCUCAUCGGCACCGGCGUGCAGAUGGCGCUACUCAUCCUUCUCGUCAUCCUCAUCACCAUUUUCGGGAUGCUCUACGAGGGCAGGGGGACGAUCAUCACCGUGUUCAUCACGUGUUACGCGCUCACCAGCUUCGUCGGAGGCUACGUGAGCGGGGGUUACAACGCCAGGAACGAGGGCAAAUCGUGGAUCAAAGCCAUGCUCCUCACCGCGGGUCUCUUUCCCGGGUUGUGCUUCGGCAUCGCGUUUGCGCUCAACACGGUUGCCAUCUUCUACCACUCCUUGGCCGCCGUGCCGUUCGGGACGAUGGUGGUCAUAUUCGUCAUGUGGUCGUGCAUCUCCUUUCCGCUGGUGCUCUUCGGUACCGUCAUAGGUCGCAACUGGAACGGCGCGCCCGAUAACCCGUGCCGGGUCAAGGCGAUUCCCCGACCCAUCCCCGAGGCGCCGUGGUUCCUCACGCCGAACUGGAUCAGCGUCGCGGGGGGUUUGCUCCCGUUCGGAUCCAUCUUCAUCGAGACGUACUUUGUGUUCACAUCGAUAUGGUCGUACAAGGUUUAUUACGUGUACGGUUUCUUCCUGCUGGUGUUUUGCAUCUUGGUCAUCGUCACGCUGUGCAUCACCAUCGUCGGCACGUACUUUUUGCUGAAUGCGGAGAACCACAAGUGGCAGUGGACGGCGUUCAACUCCGCUGCAUCCGUGGCGGGUUACGUGUACCUGUACAGUAUCUAUUACUUCGCCUUCAAGACGAAGAUGACUGGUUUCUUCCAGACGUGCUUCUAUUUCGGGUACACGGCGAUGUUCUGCCUCGCGCUGGGCAUCACCACGGGCGCGAUUGGGUACUGCGGCGCGAGCGCGUUUGUUCGAAAGAUCUAUAGGAACAUCAAGGUGGACUGA